AUGCCUCCUACAAAACUCCCCGAGUCUGGAAAUCCCCUUGUGUUUUUUGACAUCACCAUUGGAGGUGAACCCCUUGGCCGCAUCACCUUUGAACUCUUCAAGGAUGUUGUCCCCAAAACAGCAGAGAACUUCCGCCAGUUUUGCACUGGCGAGAGCAAGAACCCCGUAGGUCGUCCUCAGGGCUACAAGGGCUCCAAGUUCCACCGCAUAAUUCCCAACUUUAUGUGUCAAGGUGGUGACUUUCUCAACGGCGACGGUACUGGAUCGACAUGCAUCUGGGGCUUCAAGUCUUUCGAGGAUGAGAACUUUACGCUAAAGCAUGAUCAGCCCGGUCUUCUCUCCAUGGCUAAUGCCGGACCCAACACCAACGGAUCUCAAUUCUUCAUCACCACUGUCCCCACACCCUUUCUCGAUAACAAGCACGUUGUCUUUGGAAAGGUCUUUGAAGGCAUGGACGUGGUCAAGAAGAUGGAGGCUACAAAGACUGGCUACCGCGGCAAGGAUGUGCCGAACCUCGACGUGGUCAUCUCCCAGUGUGGUGAGAUGUAG